GGCCCUGGACACGAGAGAGUUGGGGGAGCGGUGUGGUGGAACACUGGGGGAGCAGCCGGGUCUCUUACUUCUACCGCGUGUGUACUGGUUGCAUAAAGUCUUGGGCCAUGGAGCGCUUUGCUGGAAGUGGAACAGCUUUGAUCAUCUGCUUGCAUUUUGCUUGCGGGCCAUUUGGUCUUCGCCACUGUUAAGGGAAGAGUGGCUUGGUGGAGUGCUGAGGGAGCGGCAGAGUUGUCUACUUCUGACCCGUUUGUAUGGAUCAGCACCAACAUCAAGGGGGGGUUUGGUUGAUUCGACACAGUUGCACACACGUGAAUUGGUGUCAGAGAAAACAGGAGAGUGUGUGCCUUCGUAAGUGAAGAACAGUCGGCUCGGCCUGUUUCGUUAACCAUCUGCAAAGAUGGGAGACGAGGCGGAUCUGCCAGAGAUCUACUGGGGGAAGAGGAAUGGAACAGGUGGUGGGAGAAAGAGGUAUGAGUCGUUUAAAUUUGAUAGGAGGGAGGAGGUUUUCCUCUACGACACAGUGUACUUGUUCCCUGAAAAUGAGGGCGAUUUGCCGUAUGUGGCGAAGAUCAUGGACUUGUAUGACGGCAGGCAUGAUGGGAAGCCUGCGAAGAUGGCAAAGCUGCGGUGGUUCUUCAGAGCCUCAGAUAUUCCUGAUGACGAGGUGACACGUGCCAGGCCCAGGGUGAACGAGCUAUUUCUCAGUUAUGGAGAUCCGGCAGAAGUGAACCAUAUAUGUCCCCUGGAUUGCGUGGACCGCAAGUGUAAUAUGGUCUGUACUGCAAAACAUCCUGCAAAUGCCAAUUUAAACCUCGACGAUAUUCAGAAUGCAGAUGAAGUGUUUUACAGGAUGUAUGACACAGAAAAGGAGGUCAUCUCGAAUGACUUGACGCCACUUAUUGAAGAGCUUGGAGUUGAGGCGGUGUUCAGGAAGAGCAAAAUUGACAUCCCAGAUCAAAAUAGAGGAGAUGGGCAAGAUCAGCCACACUUCUUAAAUGUUGAAGCACAGGCUGCCAAAACUGCGAAAGACAAAGGCGCAAAAGAGGAUGUGGACCAUGGGGAACAUCGUGACACAGAGUCGGCAAGGGAGCAUGGCGUUGACCAGGAUGGAACAGAAGCCCAAGCAACGGAGGGUGGCACUGGCCAGGAUGAGAGAGAGUCCCAAGGGAUUGCAGGAGGGCAGGAGGAACCAGUUGAGAAGAUCAGCACAGGGGCCGGUGAACAACCUGUACAGUGUGAAGAGGCACCUGUGGCGGAUGGUGGGGAGGGACACGAAACUCAAGCUGAGCACGCAGACUCAGACCAAGCUGGGUCCUUUCGGAGUGGAUGGGAAGAUGAUGUGCUCCGUGGUAGUGCCCGCAUUGUGUGUGAUGAUGAUGAUGAAGUUGAUCAAUGGGAUCCAAAACGUGAUGAGGAUUUGCAAGGAUCUCAUGGUGAUGCCGUUGAUAAGGGCGGUUUUGGCAGCACAGAAUGCCCAAAUGAGGCCAGGGAGCAGGUGGAAUUGGAUAGAGCCAAUGCCCAUGGUAAGGACGAAAACUGCAUACCAGAUCCUUGUAGGCUGGAGGCAGCUUGUGUUGAUCAGGGUACUGAGAUCAAGCCAGACCAUGAUGAACUUGCAGGUCGGUCCAAGGGGAAGAUCGCCACAAGUGUGCCAGUGGGCCAAACAGUCAAAAAGAGGAAAAGGGAUGGUGGUGCUGAGGAAGAACUGGGAAAUAAGUUGCCUAGUGCUCCUGGAAAAGGUGAUGGCAAAGGGAAGAAGGGGGCUGUAAUGAAGAAGAAGCUUAAAGUUGCGUCUGGGAACGAAGGGAAAGAGGGGAAAGAGGGAAAGGAGAAGGGGAAAGUUACAACAACGAAAAAGGCACCACCAAGGAAAAAAGUAAUAGAUCCGAAGACUCCCACAAAUGCUGAACAGCCUGUUGAAGGUUCAGUGAGGGCAGUGAAGUGCACAGCGGAUGCACCAUCAGGUGAUGCCCGUUCAGUGGAGCCGCCUCGCAUGCCUGGAAUGGAUCAAAUUAGUGCGAGCAGGGUACCAUCUGGUGACGUUCUUCUGGUUGAGUCACUCAAACGGAAUGAGAAGGUUAAGGUUGCUGGUGGAAAACUCCCGACUGAUAAUGUGAACGUGUCGGAUGUGCAACAAGGAGUUGGACUAGAUGAUGUGGAGGGAAAAUUGGAGGUAAUGGCUACCACCCUGAGUGGAGGCUUAGGGUCACAUGAAGGCACACACAGCUCUCAGCAGGAGGUGGCAACGGCCAAAAUAGCAGGUUAUGAAAAGGAGGCGGGUCCUCAGCACAAGCAGGCAGGAAAGCAUGGCACCAUUUGUUCCCAAAUGCCUGAUGGGCAACUCACAUCAGGAAAAUCUAAGCCAGAAGCAAUCUCACGCAGCCAUGAUGCGAAAACUGACGUAAUUGAACGAGCCAUAGCGAACGAAAAUUUCCCAAAGAAAAGGAGCCUUGAAGAGCGAGCGCCGGACACCAAUGCAGAUGUGCCUGCUGAUGAGUCUAAUGGGUUUGUGCAGGUUAGCCAUGCAUCGAAGAAAAUGAAGCAAGGCAAGACAGCUCAGCCCAAGGCAUGUGAGCCCUCAGGGGAUAAGGGAAGCAUGGUAUCCACCACCAAGAACACUGGUGAUGAAGAACACUUUCCUCCUGGGUUGAAUAUCACUCUAGGAAUAGAUGUGCUUGCGCUUCCUGCAUUGAAUAGUGAAUCUGGUGGUGCUGAGAGUACUCCGUCGAGUGCAAAAGUUGAGCAUGGCACGAAGGCUGCAAAGGCACAGGGUAAAGCUCUUCAAGAAGGACAGAUGCCACAGGGCACUGUAAAACCAGUCAAGAAAUUGCAACCUUCCGCCGUCAAAGUAGGAAAACUAGGCAAGAAGGGGCCAGGACAUGCACAGCUGGGGGUGAAUGCCAGGAAGAUGUCCCAGCAGCAGCCUUUAGCUUCCAAAGUAGAGAAUGCUACUCAUUCUCUGGUAGAGAGUGCACCUGGAGAAGUACAUCUGAUUGAUAGCAAAGGUUCUCUACCUGAAUUACCCGUACUGCAACCAGAUGCAUGUGCUGCUCCAGAUACUAGUAGGAUGCCGUUGUCGCUGUCAAAGGCGGCUGAACGUUCGGAAAACGCCAUCCGAGGUCUUGGAAAGACCGUCUCAGACGUGCCAGCCAUUCCCCCUGACAAAACAUCAGCACAAAGAACUUCUGUACACUCUGAGAAGGAGCAGGGGAAGAACAUCACCAGAAAAGCUGGAGCUGUUGUGAAGAAUGUUGUGAAGGGAAAGAAAAGAGUUGUGGUCAUGGGUCCAACGACGGUGCUUGAAAAGGUCGAGGUCGAUGGAAAGCCACAAACUGGAAAAGUGGACCAAAGCCAACUUCAUCAGAAGGCUGAGAGGCUGGCCAAGGGUGCUGCUGCUGAAGACAGCAAGGGAGGUGAAGCCAGGAAACAAGAGAAGUAUUUGACCAAGGAGAAGGGGAAGAGUGGGUCUAUAAUGAUUAUUGGUUUGCCUUGCUGGGACGGCGAAGGCAAGAACUUAUAUGAUGAACUAGAUACCCUCAUAAGCCACAUUGUUGAAGAUGAGAAAAAGGCAAGUGUUAAGCGGUGUGAGACUGGUAGUGGCCAACCAUCCCUUGGAAAGCCUGCUUCGGCUUUGCAAGGACUAAAGAAGAAAGUGCAACCUGCCGGGAAGAAGACUGCUGCUGGCACCAGUGGCAAGAACAGUUCGCCAUCUGGUAGUGCGGAUGGUGAGAAGCCAGGUGGUUUGUUGAAGAAACUUGCAGGUGGUACUGAAAGAGCGGAGGAAAUGGACAUGUCUGAACCAAGCAUUGCCAACGAGCAACAGCAGGGACUGAAGAUGCCUCUCCGAGUCACGGAUGGGAAUCUGGCAGGGAAAGAGAGCAAUCUUGUCGAAAGUCCCGCUUCCGGUGCAAUGAGCAAGGAAAGAUUUUUGCAGCUGAAGGCCCGUAUUGAGGGGAAUGGCGAUAAGCGGGUUGUUCUGAGAGAUGGUAGGCUCUUCAUAUUGAAGAAGAAAAAAAAGAAGAGCCAAACCAUCAUGGAGUCAAUAAACAGUGAGAUGAGAGUGCAGGCGGAUGGUGUGGGGCUGGCAUCUGAAGGUGGAGAUGUCGCUGAGAACAAACUGGAGGCUAAAGACGUGAGCAGUGAAGGUCUGAGGCCAAAGGCUGACACAAACAAUAUCGCACCCACGUCAGUGAGCAUUGUGAAAGGGGGCUUGAAGAUCGGCAAGGCUGAUGACUUGGCUGAGAACAGACAAAGUCAAAGGGCUCUCCUCUUAGAUUUAUCCGCAAGGAAACAAGAUACUAUAGCUGAAGCUGCUCCAGAUGCUGCGGAGGAGUUGAAAAAGCUUAAAAAACUAAAGCCCAAGGCGAAGGACUGGGGAGCUGCAACAACCUUGCGGGAAAGCAGGGAGGCAAUGUUGGCAUUGACACGAGAGACAACCAAGAUGGUCCCCAGGAUAUCUGGAAGAGCUUUGCCAUGGGCAAAAGAAUUGCCAAUUGCAGCUGCCCAGGGAAGGGUCCUGGAGCUGUCGAAUAUUGACCCCGAAAUGACCACUUCGGAUCUGCAGAAAUUGCUGGAUGGGUGCUUUGAAAACCUUCGAGAUGUCAAAAUUGAGUCAGUGAGGGUGCCAUUGGAUGUUGUUCCAGAACUGACGGCAUAUGCCAUUUUUAGCGAUGCUGCAAGCGCUGCGCAAGCAUUGAGGGAGAUAGAGGAUUCUUCUCUAGUUAUAGAGAAGAGCAAUGAGCCAAGCUCUUGGAGGCCCUUGACUGGGCGGUUCGGAAUACCACCGAACAGGAAAGCAAAGGACAUGAAAAUGCGGUACCCCGGUCAUCUCCGAAAGACAGAUCUGGAGAGUGCGAAACGAGGUCUACUUCCUGACAAGAAGGAUGUUCUUUCAACAUCUCAUUGUUCACAGCCAAACACGAUAGAAUAUGAGAUGGGUCUGCAGUGGAAGCUUUUAGCAGAACAACAUAAACUGCAAAAGGAGAUUCUGCUUCAGAGGCAUAUGGAAGAAAUCAAGCGGCUCAUGGACUCUGUAUAAAUACAGCUUCGUCGAGAGAGCCAUGGCUGUGGACAGUCGGCAACAAGCAACUGUUCAGGAGCGAUUCUCUCUGUGAAUUCAUCAAUUUCUUCUACAGUGGCAGCAAACGUAAUCCAUGCACGUCAUUGCUUUCCUUUUUGUAUCUCUUGCCCUGUUUGCGUUGUUUGCCAGCAGAAGCAGCAACAGCGGACACAGAGGAAGGUUGGGUGGGGGGGGCGGAAGAGAGAGAGAGAGAGAGAGAGAGAGAGAGAAUGCAAGUGGACUCCUUCCUCGAGAGAGAGAGAGAGAGAGAGAGAGAGAGAGAGAGAGAGAGAGAGAGAGAGAGAGAGAGAGAGAGAGAGGGAGAGUCCUAGACAGAGNAGAGAGAGAGAGAGAGAGAGAGAGAGAGAGAGAGAGAGAGAGAGAGAGAGAGAGAGAAUGCAAGUGGACUCCUUCCUCGAUCAAUGUCCGUCAGGCUUGCAGCAUGAAUUCAUGCUAGUGGCUGGCCGUGCCACCAUGUAAGGUAUCCAAGGAGUUUGAAGACCCAGUCCAUGCUAGGGCUGGCCCAGGCAUCUAUGUAGGUUAGUCAGAGAGAGAGAGAGAGAGAGAGAGAGAGAGAGAGUAUAUUGAUGUGAGAGAGCCCACUCGUAUAGCGUCUUUCAGUGUGUAUUGCCACUCUGUGCAAAGUUUCAGGAAUCUGCGAAAACGUAUCGAGUGUGGGUGGGGUUUGUAUCCUCUCAAUGGUCACAGCAGUUAUGAAAUGAUGGACACAGUGCAGGUGCAGGAUGUCGCAGCUCACAGAAAGCACUGCCCAGUUUCUCAUGAUGUCACUCUGCAGACGUCAGACACCCACGUUAUUCGGUGGAUGAUGAUGUGGGUUCAGGUGAGUAGGAGGUGUAUUCAAUGAUAAAGUUAUCAUGCAGUG